AUGGAUUUCAACGACCUCAAGAACACCGUGUCGAACCUGACCUUGUAUGAUCUCAAGGCCGGGUUCCGCAAGGCGCAAAAUGCCGUCAUGAACUACACGGAGAUGGAGUCAAAGGUGCGAGAGGCAACAAACAACGAGCCCUGGGGAGCAUCGUCCACCCUGAUGCAGGAGAUUGCCAAUGGCACAUUCAACUACCAACAGCUCAACGAGAUUAUGCCCAUGAUCUACCGGCGAUUCACGGAAAAGGCCGCCGAGGAGUGGCGCCAAAUCUACAAGAGUCUACAGCUGCUCGAGUUCCUCAUCAAGCAUGGGUCGGAGCGCGUCAUCGACGAUGCGCGCGGACACAUUACCCUCCUAAAGAUGCUGCGUCAGUUUCACUUCAUUGACCAGAAUGGAAAGGACCAAGGCAUCAACGUUCGAAACCGAGCCAAGGAACUCGCCGAGCUCUUGGGCGACGUGGAGCGCAUCCGCUCAGAGCGCAAAAAGGCCCGAGUAUCGAAGAACAAGUAUACCGGCGUGGAGGGAGGCAUGACUUUUGGCGGCGGCUUCUCGAGCGGCAGCGGCAGCGGACGCUUUGGCGGCUUCGGCAACGAGUCCAGCUACGGCGGCGGCGGCGGCGGCGGCGGCGGUUCUACGGAAUACGGAGGCUAUUCCGGCGGCGUAUACGGCGAUGGCGGCGGCUUCGGUGGCCAAGCAAGCGACUUCCGUGAUACCCAGAACCGGUCAGAGAGAUUCGAAGAGUAUGAUGAGUUUGACGAGGGCGAGCGGCCCGCUGCCAGCUCUCGCCCCCCACGGGCUUCAGAGCGCUCUCCGGCCAAGAAAGCAACAGCGCCGCCUCCCAAGCAGAAGGAGCCCGAGGUCGACCUCUUCUCAUUUGAUGAGCCUGCCCAGGCUGCUCCUGUAGCGGCACCAAGCAGCUCUGGCUUUGGUAACUUUACCAGCGCCAACACGGCCGCCAACGACGACGAUGAUGAGUUUGACGACUUCCAAUCGGCGGCGCCGGCAGCAGCACCCUCAGCACCAGCGGCCCAGCCUCUAUCGCCAACGGCAGCGGGCUUCUCGCAGCCCCUCUCCCCAACUUCACCCAACUACUCCAGCACUCAAUUCGCUGCCCCCAAGCCGCUGUCGGCUCCUCAGCAGGCCGGCAUCAGCCAGAUGGUCAACAUCGCUUCCAUCUCACCGGCCAGCAGCGCCAACCCGACGCCUGCGGCUGCCUCGGCGUUCAGUGCGCCAAUGCAGCCCGCCAAGUCCACCAGCUACCAGCCCACAGGACCAAACUACUUUGGCACUGUCCAGGCUCAGCCGACGGGAGCUUCAGUCUCGUCCAUGACCCCGAGUUCCGGUCUGCAGCCCGCCAGCAAGUCCAACGGCAAGGCAGCAGCUGCUGGAGGCGGCGGCGACGCCUUUGGUGCUCUCUGGGGCAAGGCCAGUGUCGGCAUCAAGAAGCCCAGCACUCCCACGGCCGGCCCAGCACUGGGCCAAUUGGCCAAGGAGAAGAGCAGUGCCGGCAUCUGGGGAGCGCCUGCACCUGCGCCUGCAGCUCCACAGGGGGGCUCUGCCUCUGGAGAUUUACUUGGAUAG